AUGAUUGUCCCACGCUCAUCAUGCCGCUUGGCGAGACAAGCUCUCUCGCAGCUGCAGCUUUCACGCCAAACUGUCGGUAGCAAUGCGGCCCGUCGUCACAUCAGCGCCGCCGCAUACCAAUCAGGCGGACUGAAGAAUCUCCUGCGCGUUUCUGAAGAGGUUGCUGAUGCCGUUGCCACAAACAAGCCCGUUGUGGCUUUGGAGUCUACGAUCUACACACACGGCGCACUGGGCAAUGAUCUCGGUCUGGAAGACAUCGUCCGUCAGGGCGGCGGUGUCCCUGCUGUGUGUGGUAUCCUGAACGGCGAGCCCAUUGUUGGAAUGACGGAGGCUGAGGUUGCCUUCAUGGUCGAUUCUGGCACAGCGGGUAAGGUGUCGAGAAGAGAUGUUGCUCAUCUCGUUGGACUGGGAAUCACUGGAAAGAAGGUCCACGGCGGCACAACCAUUGCCGGGACAAUGCUCCUCUCAAGGCUAGCCGGCAUCCGCGUCUUCGGCACCGGCGGCCUAGGCGGCGUCCACCGCGGCGGCGAGACCUCCCUCGACGUCUCCGCAGACCUCACGGAGCUCGGCCGUACGCGUGUGGCCGUCGUGAGCUCAGGCUGCAAGGGCUUCCUCGACAUCCCGCGCACGCUCGAGUUCCUUGAGACGCACGGCGCCUUCGUUGCGACCUUCGCCGACGGCCGGACUGGUAACGUCGACUUUCCCGCCUUUUGGGCCCGCGAGAGCGGCACAAAGAGCCCUGCCGUCGUCCAGACCGAGCGCGAGGCCGCCGCCAUGAUCCUCGCGCAGGAGAGCCUGGGCAUCGAGUCCGGUAUGCUGUUCGCCAACCCCAUCCCCGAGGAGUACGGCAUCCCCCGCGCGGAGAUGGACGCCGUCAUCGAGACGGCGGUCACGGAGGCCAUUGAGAAGGGCUUCACGGGCGCCAAGAACACGCCCUAUGUCCUCGGUAGGAUCAGGCAGUUGACGGAGGAGCGAAGCACGCUGGCCAACAAGGCGUUGGUGAGGUCCAACGUGGCGCGAGCUACUAAGAUCUCGGUGGAGCUCUCGAAACUCUUGACAGAGGGCGUUUCGAAAUCCUCAGCCGGGGACUUCAACUCUGACUAUGUAGAUAGUUCUUCGAGCACACAUGUUUCUGGUUAUGAUUUUGCCCCUAAACCUGCAGUCAAAGUGGAAGAGCCCAAGUCUAGCAAGGCCGAUGUCCUCGUGGCAGGCUCCGUGGCGAUUGACCUAAGCUGCGAUUAUCAUCCUAUCGGUGACAAGAAGGAGGUCGCGCCUCACAUGCAAACCUCGAACCCUGCUUGUAUCAACCAAUCCAUCGGCGGCGUUGGUCACAACGUCGCCCUCGCCGCUCACAGAAUAAGCAAAGACACAACAGUACGCCUGUGUAGCUUGAUCGGUGACGACGUCGCCGGCGCAACCGUCCUGUCCUCCCUCCAGGCCUCGGGCCUCGAGACAACCUACAUCCGCCAGCUCACCUCCGAGUACCACGUCGCGAACCGCACAGCGCAGUACGUUGCCGUCAACGACGCCGAAAAGAACCUCGUCAUGGCCAUGGCCGACAUGGGCAUCUUUGCCAAUCACUCCUUCCCAGACUACUGGAAGUCCGCCGUCGCGGGCGCCAAGCCGGCGUGGCUCGUCGUCGACGGAAACUGGAGCCCCAAGGACGUCCGGGCAUGGAUCGACGCCGGCCGCGAGCAAGGGUGCAAGGUCGCCUUUGAGCCCGUCUCGACAGCCAAGUCCAUCGGUCUGUUCCCCAAGGAGCACCCUCACCUUGGAGUCUUUCCCAGCCCUGGUAUCGAUAUCGCGUCGCCCAACAACUUUGAGCUCAACGCCAUGUACAGCGCGGCCAAGGAGAACGGCUUCUUUGAUACGCCCGAGUGGUUCGAGGUCAUUGACGCCUUCAACAUGCGAGGUGCGCGGGACCGGUUCGUGGCUCUCACGUCAAAGGAGAUGACGGACGCUGGCAUCCCCGUACAGACGGUUCACCUCUUGCCCUACAUCCCUACACUGGUCACCAAGCUUGGGUCCAAGGGCGUUCUCCUGACUACGAUUCUGGGCAAGAACGAUCCUAGACUCAAGGACAGAAACGAGGAGAAGUGGCUGCUCACGAGGGGGUACGUUGAUCAUCCCACCGUCGGCGGCGUCUAUAUGCGCCUGUUCCCGCCUGCUGAGAGGGUCGCCCUCGGAGAGAUUGUGUCUGUCAAUGGUGUUGGCGAUACGUUCUUGGGAGUCCUGAUCGCUGGCCUGUCCAAGGGAGGCAAGGUGGAGGACUUGAUUGACGUCGCGCAGAAGGCGGCCGUCAUGACGCUCAAGAGCCACGAAAGUGUGAGCCCCGACUUGGAAAGGCUGGAUGGGGCUCUGGAGGCUUCUGUGAGGAGUUGA